AUGGCGUCCUCCGCAAUCUUCCUGCUCUUCUCGUCUUCCUUCCUCGUCCUUCUAGUCCUCGUCACCUCGGACAAACCUCGUGUUCUCUGCCCGACGUCGUCUUGCAAUCCCAACGGACCCUCGAUCCGCCUCCCGUUCCGAAUCAGGGGCCUUCAGGACGAAUGCUGCAGCUAUCCGGGAUUUGAAAUCUCAUGCGACAACCAAGGCCAAGCGAUCCUCCACUUGCCUCACUCCGGCGACCUUGUCGUGAGGUCGAUCGGUUAUGCAGACCAAUUGAUUUCGCUCGGGGACCCCGAUGGUUGCCUUCCGAAGCGCCUACUGGCAACCCGGAGCUUCAGCUCCGACCUGGCCUCUGCGUCAUCGCCCUUCUUGGCCGCAGCAUACGAGAACUUCACGCUCGCCAAUUGCACAUGGAAUCUGCCCACGGACCUGCCGGGAACUUUGAUCACAUGCGUCGAUUGUCUCGAUGGGGCGGGCCACAUGGCGGUGGUCGCUUCCACAGAUGAUCUCCUCGCUAGAUGGUUGUUCUCCGAUCAUAGGUGCUAUACUUGGACGGUGUUGGUUCCGGAGACGGUGAGCUUUAGGGAGAACAUAACCGAGGGUGUCUGGUUGAAAUGGGAUCGGCCGGAUUGUAGAAGUUGUGAAGCGAUGGGUGGGAGAUGUGGGCUCAAGAGUGACAACGGCUCAUCGGUAGUUAAAUGUGCCCACUAUCAAGGUAUGCUACCAAUGUAG